UAGCUCCCUUUACCUAUCUCGUGUGUUGAAAAAUUAAAAUAUCCCAAUGAUCCAGACAUAGAUCUACUUUUAAAAGAAUUAUUCUAGAUAAAUCUAAAUUUAAAACGCAGACGACGAAAGUGAAUUUUUAACCAGACCUGCUAUCUUCAUUGGACAAUGGACCUGGACCUGACUAAAUCAGUCAGCAGUUACUUUGACCUGAAUGAUACCAACUUUCAAACUGAUUCUAACAUUCAAGAGGUGAUGCCAAGCAAAAGAACGAAAUUUGGAGAAAAUAGGGUUUCUGACAAUGUAAAAAUGGAUCAAUGUGCCAAGAAAGGGGUGCAUGCUCUUCAGCCUAAAAUCAACACUAGUGGCAACUCCAUUGUAAACCAUGUCCAUGAAUCUCAGCCUCUGUUGCUGAACAAAGACACCCAAAAACAGAUGGAUUUAAAUGAAGUAUUGCAGGAAAUUAGUCAAGGUUGGCAAGAGGUUAUUUCACAAUGUGUUCAGUCUUUCAAUGAUAUGGAGAAUUAUGAAGAGGAUUGUCUAAAAUAUCUUAAAGAACUUGCGCACCACACUGAAGUACUUCUGCAAAACAGAACAGCUCAAAAAGAAAUGAUCUGCAAAAGACUCGAAAUGAUUACAGAUGCCUUGAAGUCUAAACCUUAGCAUAACAUAACUGUAAUAGGUUUAGUGAAGUUCAUUAGUAUGCUAUGUAAAUCGCAUUCUAGAUUAUUUCUUUGUUACCACUACCAAUAUUUGUUUAUGUAGUACACUUUGAUUGCAUUUGUCAUUGUUCAUAAAUAAAGUGAUAAA